AGACAGAUGAGCGAAUCGAAAGUGAUAAGAUCGAACGCUUCAUCGAUGACAAUAAGGCGCUUAUGCGACGAAUGUACGGCGACUUUGAGAUGAAUCUCGAACCCGGCGGUCCACAAUCGCAAACGAAGAAGCGCAAACGAAGAUUCAUUGAUGAUCCGGACAUUUUCAUACCACCCGGCGCAUUUCCAGCUUUUGUGCCCGACGAUGAAGCCGGCGCAGAACCACACGCUGAGGAAGCGGGCGAAAGUUACUUCGGCAAGCUGCGCAACAAACGACAAAUCAAUCGAAAUGCAAACAAACAAAAUUCUCGUGCAAAUUCGUUUGCGAAUGCGGGACAGAACACAGGAAGAGUGGACGCUUGUGAGUCAAAAGUGGAGAUUGUCACACCAUAUUGGGCCUCAAAUUCGGCGGGUAAAAUACGCGCCAUAGUUAAUACGCAGCAUUUCGAGCAGGCUAUACACCAGGAGGUUUGCUCCACUCCCGCGACAUCGCGCUGUGAUCGCGACUGCGGCUGUGAGCAGAAAUAUAAAUGGCAUCGCCUGCUGGCCUAUGAUCCCGACAAUGACUGCAAGGGCAUUUUCAUGGACUGGUUCCUCUUCCCCUCCUGCUGUGUGUGUAGGUGCAAGCCAUAAGCGCCGCGAGAGUUGGCUGUAUUUUAUGAAACACCAAAACCGAAAUGUUUCCUUUUUGUUUAAUUAUUAAACUUAAGUCAAUUAAGUAUGUAAUUGUACUUUUAAAAACUCACUUAAGUGGCUGACUUGAUAGAGUGUUCGGCGUAAGUAAGUUUUCUUUAAAUUAGAUAAUCAUUUUUCUUAAUUAAUCUUAAUUCGCUCGAUUCGCACACAUUUUAAAAUUAAGUUCUAUGAAAGUAAGUGAUUUGUUUUUAGUUUUAACAGAAAAUUAUUGACUUGCAGGAAAGGCAUAGCUUAUGCAUUUGUUCUAAAGAGCUUUUAAAAGUAUGCAUAAUUUAGCUUAACAUGCAUGUUGAUUCAUGUUAAUAUUUUGAGAA